CUAUCCACUUCUAACUACCGAUAUUCCAGACGGUCAGGCAAAGCGCCACUUGGAUGAACCACUGGGGUGUAUAUUACGACCAGUUAAACCCACUCUAAGAAAACCACGCCGUCCAUCCCGUCCAUUGCUAUUUGAUGACCUCCAGACCGCUCCGAGAUUCUUGGUAAGUAUGGCGACAGAUCCUUACCUACAACAGUCUACCUUCGGCACUUUCCAUCCUACCACUCGUUCCUACAUGAACAUGAGGCCAAUCGCCCCUGUAUGCCGACCAUUUAAUUAGACAGCUCUCCACGAAGCCUGUUAUAGAGCAGUCAAGGUCUUCUCGGCCAAAUAUAUAGUAGAUGAAUCCUUUCACCAUAAGAGCUGUGAAAUCCGUAAUCUGACCACCGGAGUACGGAUUAAGUAUGGCUGGAAACAUGGUGGUCAACGCCGUUUUGGCGUCGCUAUGUUUGUUCUCAGGCGCCUCAGCGUGGCCCUUCACCACCAGGCAGACUACACUCACUUUGGACAAGGUUCAGGAGCAAGCUCUUGCCAACGCCUACAAAGUUCUCGACGGUACACUUUCCGAUGGUCUUACGCGUCCUUCAACAUGCAACAAAAACACCGUCGCAGUCAGGAAAGAAUUUGGCGACUUGAGUAAAGAUGAGCGAAAAGAGUACACGCGAGCUGUGAAGUGCAUCCUCGAAAAGCCCAGCAAGCUGUCAGCCACCAAGUACCCUGGGGCGAAGAGCCGCUACGACGACUUCGUAGUGGUGCACAUGAACAUGACGCCCUCAGUUCACGCCACGGCAAACUUCCUGCACUGGCACCGCUACUACAUCUGGGCGUACGAGACCGCUCUCCGCACCGAGUGCGACUACAAAGGCUACCAACCCUACUGGAACUGGGCAAAGUACCCCGACAUUGUCAACUCGCCCAUCUUCAACGGCGACGAGUGGAGCAUGGGCGGCAACGGCGACGCAAUCGGCGCCCACGCCGGCUCCUUCAUCGGCGGUCAAAUGGUCCCCGGCGGCCCAGGAGGCGGCUGCGUGACGAAAGGGCCCUUCGCCAACCUCACCAUCCACCUCGGCCCCUUGAUGUCCACCGUCGACCCCAAAAUCGGCAUCAAAAGCAACCCGCGCGCCGACGGCUUCGGCGAUAACCCACGCUGUCUGCGCCGCGACGUGAACAAUUUCUUCAGCAGCGCGUACAUGCGCCCGCAAGAUCUGCUCGAUCACAUCACUGCCAGCGCUGCUAUCGGCAAGUUUCAGGAUUCCCUGCAGGACGCGGGUGCACGCAAGACGGCGCUGCAUGUCGGGGGCCACUUUAGUAUCUGGGGGGAUCCAGGUGGUGAUGUCUAUGUGAGUCCUGCUGAGCCGGCUUUUUGGCUGCAUCAUGGCCAGGUCGAUAGGCAUUGGUGGCAGUGGGCGAAUUACUUGGAUAAAGAAGUUAAGAGUCGGACGAGUAUGUAUGAAGGUGGCACUAACUGGAUGAAUCCGAAUAGCGCACGAGGCAAAUCGUCGGAUUUACAGUGGCUGGACGUUGUUGCGCCCACGGGCCAAAAUGGUAUGGCGAGUACACAGUUCUUUUCUACCACAGCGGGUCCGCUGUGCUAUGUUUAUGCGUAGUGUAGCGUCGUAGCGUAGGAGGAAAAGUAGCCAACGGCAACUACAUUGCAUAGCUUUCUGUAUUCAGUGUAGCUAGCUAGUGACCUAAAUAUCAUGUUAUUCCUUCUUCCUUGGAUGCAAAAUUGGUCGGUUGAAGAUAUCGUAGAAGUUCAAACCAAGUGCAGUAUGCUAGCUUUGCCAAGGUAUUACUAUACACUCACCAGCCACCUCGCAUGCCAACGCGCAAUGUUGCUACUACUCUUACAGUAUGGUAUCAUAUUCCCCUAAGACGAGCAUAUUCAAGAACAUAUUCAAGAGCUGAAACUGUGGAAACUUCCUACGCUGUGACCUCGCCCUCUGCAAACGCCCGGCCAAUCUCCCGCGCAACACCCAGUCUCAAUACUCUAAUCACAUCCUCGCCCU